AAUACCAACAAACCCUGGCAUUGAAUAUUAAAAAUGAAAUGUUCUAUAAAUUCAAUUAUUUUUCAAUGGAAUAAAUGUCAUUUUCUCUGAUAUUUCGUUGCCGCGAAAGAUAGCGCAAUUGUGAAUUUUCACAGACUUUAGCCAUAUUACAGAAUUAUGUCUAGUAGUGUAAUUAUUGGACCUGUGCCUGGAAGUGAUUAUGAUCCUGAAAGUUUCAUUUGGGCUCUCACCGGCGUUUUCGGAGGGAUAUUUUUCUUAGGUCCGCUUCUUAUACCCGCCGGGAUUUAUCAGAGUCUUAUAAGAAUUACUAUCAUGACUGCUGCUUUUCACGUGUGGAUUGCCUGGGUCGUUAUAUACACUUCCCAAGUACAUCCCUUGUCUAGCCUUGUAAUGAAAAACACUACUAUUCUUUGGAUUUCUCAGACAUGGGGCAAUACUAAAAAUGUUCAGCCUCUCACGUUUCCAACAACGACAACUACGACGACAACAACUACAACCACGACAUCGAUAACAACAAGAACAACUACUACUACAACCUCGACAACCACCACAAUUAAAAAAACUACAACAAGAAAGACAACGACAACUACGACCACACCAUGGACCGGUGCGGGGCCAGCUCCAAGUACUACCACGAUGAUGAGGGUUACGCCACCUCCACCCACCACUAAACCUCCAUCGACUUUUGCAAAUGGGUCGCUUGUCCCCACCAAAUUGCCUUCUACUGUGACAUUUUUUUACGAACCAUUUGCAAGUACUAACCCACAUGAAUUUUUUAAAGUAUUUACGAACCCCAUGAAAUCUCGCAGUGGUUUGAUAGUCUUCUCAGUGAAAACAAGUAAAGAAAUAGAAUUGUGGUUGUCUGAUGUUCCAAGUCCGAGUAAAGGCGAAAGGAUUAUAGCUACGUAUGGAGUCGAUAAUAAGCACUUUCGAAUAGAGAGGUUACCACCUAAUAACGUUACAAGGACACAAUUUGGUGUGGCAACAAGUCAUCUUCAAGGUUCUGUGGACGAUGUUAUAAGUUCUACCGAGUAUAAAAGAUUCUAUUUUCGGUGGCGUAAUGGAGAGUAUUGGAUGGGCGAAGAUUACUUUUAUUUGUCAUCAGUCACAGAAUAUGUAGACCCAAAUGAGUUUCCUAUCAAAUAUGCGUCCUUUUUCACAGCAGAUCCAAAUGCCUCAUGGUUUAUCGAGAAGGGAAUUUUUGAAGAAGCUCCUGUUCCCAACAUACUUCUUCGCAAGUACAAUACAAAGCACGAGCUUCGACGUGAUUGGUCGAAUCGAACCAGCUAUUUCGUUGCGGAAGGUUCUUACAAAUUUUAUUAUAUUCGAAGUGAACCGAUUUGGGUGAGCGUGAAUAUUGAUGAUGCUGAAUACAGAGAGUUCUUUGUCCUUUUGUCUCAAACUUAUAUAAAACAUACGCCUUAUCUUUUGAUACACAUUGGGGGUGAAUACGGUAAAGAGUGCACGAUCUCGAAGAAUACACAAAUAGUGGUUCGUGUUGAUUGCAAUAUAAAAUGGCGUAAAAGGUCCUAUCUUAACUUUUGGGUAUGGUAUAGGAGAAGCCUCAUUGAGGUAUAUGCUGGUUAUGAUUAUAAAAAUGUAAAACUUGUCAUGACAUGGACGGACCCUGAUCUAAUAACGUAUAAAUUUUAUGGUUUACGCUCAAGUGUCGGCGAGUUCGUUCCUAUGCACAUUGAAGGUAAAAGACAGCAGGGACGUGAAGAUGACUAAAUAUAUGAAUUUGUCACAUUUCUUUGUUAUAUUCAGUUAAGCAUGUUAAGAAUCAUUUCUAGGUUAUAUUUAGUGAAGUAAGCACUGCACUUUGUGUUACAUAUAAGUUAUAUUUAGUUAAAUAAGCAUGAUAAACUAUACAACAUUUGUAUAUUAUAUAUUUGUAAGUUAAGCUCAACAUUCAGGAUUUCAAUAGCAAUUGUAAAAAAAUGGAUGUUGCUUUAAUUCUAUAUGUUUCAAAUAUAUUUUAAGUAAGCAUGUUACGUUACCAACGUACUAUAAUAAAGCUAUGUAUAUUGAAGUAGAAAGUUUUUUUAAAAUUAUAUUCUAAGUACGAUGUAAUUGCACCGCAAUCUUGAAAUCUGUCCACGCUUUGCUUGGUUUUUAGUCUCAAGUCGAAAUUACAUCAUCGUGGAUUGAAGCGCAAAAAGAUUCAUCAAUGGAUCUCCAGAUGGAUUUUGGCCAAAUCAUGGUAGGUAACAGCAGUGUGAAGGUGUCACGCACGAAG